UGUAGGUUGGUGAGACCACUGUGUAACCUACUAAGAUGGUGGCCUUGUCACUGAAGAUCUGUGUCCGGCAGUGCAAUGUGGUGAAGACAAUGCAGUUUGAGCCAUCCACACCUGUGUAUGACGCCUGCAGAAUAAUCAGAGAACGAGUCCCAGAGGCCCAGACUGGACAAGCCUCCGACUACGGCCUCUUCUUGUCUGACGAUGAUCCCAGGAAAGGGAUUUGGCUGGAGUCUGGCAGAACCUUGGAUUACUACAUGCUGCGAAAUGGAGAUAUCUUGGAGUACAAGAAGAAACAGCCACAGAAAUCAAAAUGCUGGGAUGGUGCAAUUAAAACUAUUCUGUGAUGACUCAAAACAGUCGGGGAGCUGCUUGUCACAAUAUGCAGCAGAAUAGGAAUCACCAACUAUGAAGAGUAUUCCCUCAUUCAAGAAGUCAUAGAGGACAAAAAGGAGGAAGGAACGGGGACGCUUAAGAAAGACAGAACCCUGCUGCUACGAGAUGAGAGAAAGAUGGAAAAGCUCAAAGCCAAACUCCACACGGACGAUGACUUGAACUGGCUGGACCACAGCAGGACGUUCAGGGAGCAGGGAGUGGAAGAAAGUGAGACUCUGCUGCUCAGACGCAAGUUCUUCUACUCAGACCAGAAUGUGGAUUCACGAGACCCUGUCCAGCUAAACCUGCUCUAUGUUCAGGCAAGGGAUGAUAUACUGAAUGGCUCCCACCCUGUCUCCUUUGAUAAAGCCUGUGAGUUUGCUGGGAUUCAGGCUCAGAUCCAGUUUGGACCCCACGUGGAGCACAAACACAAGCCCGGAUUCCUGGACCUGAAGGAGUUCCUACCUAAAGAGUACAUAAAGCAGAGGGGGUCUGAGAAGAAAAUAUUUCAAGAUCACAAAAACUGUGGAGAGAUGACAGAGAUUGAGGCAAAAGUGAAAUAUGUCAAGCUCGCCAGGUCUCUCCAGACAUAUGGAGUGUCCUUCUUCCUCGUGAAAGAAAAAAUGAAAGGUAAAAACAAGCUGGUCCCCAGGCUGCUGGGGAUAACCAAAGAGUCAGUGAUGAGAGUGGACGAGAAGACAAAGGAUGUAGUGCAAGAGUGGCCCCUGACCACAGUCAAGAGAUGGGCUGCGUCUCCAAAGAGCUUCACCCUGGAUUUUGGAGAGUAUCAAGAGAGCUACUACUCUGUUCAGACUACUGAGGGAGAGCAGAUAUCUCAGCUGAUCGCCGGAUACAUUGAUAUCAUUCUCAAAAAGAAACAAAGUAAGGAUCGGUUUGGCCUUGAAGGGGAAGAGGAAUCCACCAUGCUGGAGGAAUCUGUUUCACCCAAGAAGUCAACAAUUCUGCAGCAGCAGUUUAAUCGUGUGGGUCGUGUGGAGCAUGGAUCAGUAGCACUACCGGGUAUCAUUCGUUCAGGGUCUAUUGGUGGGCCUGACACCUUCAAUGUGGGUACUAUGCCACCAGCCCAGCAGCAAAUCACCACAGGACAAAUGCACAGAGGUCACAUGCCCCCACUGAGUUUGGCCCAGCAGGCUCUAAUGGGGACCAUCAACACCAGCAUGCAGGCAGUGCAACAGGCUCAGUCUGACCUGGGACAUGUGGAUAACCUUCCUCCACUGGGUCAUGAUUUGGCAUCCCGGGUUUGGGUUCAGAACAAAGUGGAUGAAUCCAAACAUGAAAUCCACUCUCAGGUUGAUGCCAUCACUGCUGGAACAGCAUCUGUGGUCAAUCUCACUGCAGGUGAACCUGCAGAAACUGACUACACAGCGGUGGGCUGUGCCAUCACUACCAUCUCAUCCAACCUCACAGAAAUGUCCAAGGGUGUCAAGCUGCUCGCGGCAUUGAUGGACGAUGAGGUGGGCAGCGGGCACAAGCUCAUGGGUGCUGCCAGGAUGCUGGCAGGAGCUGUGUCAGAUCUGCUCAGAUCUGUUGAGCCUGCAGCCACUGAGUCCAGGCAGACAGUGCUGACUGCAGCAGGAAACAUUGGACAGGCCAGUGGGGACCUGCUUCGUCACAUGGGGGAAGGCGAGACUGAUGAAAAGUUCCAGGACACCUUGAUGAAUCUGGCCAAAGCAGUGGCCAAUGCAGCUGCCAUGUUAGUCUUGAAGGCCAAGAAUGUUGCCCAGGUGGCAGAGGACACCAUAUUGCAGAACCUGGUGAUCGCAGCUGCAACACAGUGUGCCUUGUCCACAUCACAGCUGGUGGCCUGCACCAAGGUGGUGAGCCCAACCAUCAGCUCCCCGGUGUGUCAGGAGCAGCUUGUCGAGGCAGGGAAGUUGGUGGACCGUUCUGUGGAAAUUUGCGUCAAAGCCUGUCGCUCUGCCAGUGACGACAGUGAGCUGUUAAAGCAAGUCGGAGCAGCAGCUGGUGUGGUGAGCCAGGCCCUCAGUGACCUGCUGCAGCACGUCCGCCACUACGCCAGCUGCGGAGAGCCCAUCGGGCGAUACGACCAGGCCACAGACACGAUCAUGAAUGUCACAGAAAACAUCUUUACUUCCAUGGGUGAUGCUGGGGAAAUGGUUCGUCAGGCCAGAGUGUUGGCACAAGCCACUUCAGACUUAGUCAAUGCCAUGAGAUCGGACGCUGAGGCAGAAGUGGAUGUUGACAAUUCAAAGAAACUGCUGGCUGCAGCCAAACUCCUCGCUGAUGCCACAGCUCGAAUGGUGGAAGCUGCUAAGGGGGCAGCUGCCUAUCCAGAGAACGAGGACCAGCAGCAGAGGCUUAGAGAGGCAGCCGAGGGGCUUCGUGUGGCUACAAAUGCUGCAGCUCAAAACGCUAUCAAGAAAAAACUGGUCAACAGACUGGAGUUAGCUGCAAAGCAGGCAGCAGCUGCUGCUACGCAGACCAUUGCUGCUGCACAAAACGCAGCUGCUUCCAACAAAAAUACAGCCUCACACCAACAGCUAGUGCACAGCUGCAAGGCAGUAGCAGAUAGUAUUCCCCAGCUGGUCCAGGGCAUGAGGAGCAGUCAGUCCCAGCCUGAGGAACUGGGCGUUCAGCUUACCCUAAUCAUGGCCAGCCAGAGCUUUCUACAGCCUGGAAGCAAGAUGGUGACUUCUGCAAAGUCAGCAGUUCCAACAGUGGCUGACCAGGCUGCUGCAAUGCAAUUGGGCCAGUGUGCCAAGAACUUGGCUACCUGCCUGGCAGAACUCAGGACUGCCACCCAGAAGGCACACGAAGCCUGUGGUCCUCUGGAGAUUGACUCGGCCCUCAAAACAGUACAGACACUGAAGAGUGAGCUCCAAGAUGCCAAGAUGUCUGUCAUUGAUGGACAGCUCAAGCCUCUUCCCGGCGAAACGCUGGAGAAGUGUGCUCAAGAUUUGGGCAGUACAUCUAAGACAGUGGGCUCCUCCAUGGCCCAGCUGUUGACGUGUGCUGCACAGGGCAAUGAACACUACACAGGUGUGGCUGCCAGAGAAACAGCCCAAGCUUUAAGGACAUUGGCCCAGGCAGCCAGGGGUGUUGCAGCCAGCACCAAGGAGCCUCAGGCUGCAGCUGCAAUGCUGGACUCAGCUCAGUAUGUCAUGGAGGGCUCAGCCAUGCUGAUCCAUGAAGCCCAUCAGGCUCUGGUUCAUCCAGGAGAUGCUGAGAGUCAGCAGAGACUGGCACAGGUGGCCAAAGCAGUGUCACACUCCCUAAAUAAUUGUGUGAAUUGCCUGCCGGGGCAGAAGGAUGUUGACAUGGCUCUCAGGAGCAUCGGAGAGGCCAGCAAGAAGCUGCUGGUGGACAUUCUUCCCCCUUGCAGCAAGACAUUCCAUGAGGCUCAGACUGAUCUGAACCACACAGCAGCUGAGCUCAACCACUCUGCAGGAGAGGUGGUCCACUCCUCACGUGGCACAAGCAACCAGCUGGCUGCGGCCUCGGGGAAGUUCAGCCAAGACUUUGAUGAGUUCCUGGAUGCUGGCAUUGAAAUGGCUGGACACACCCAAAACAAGGAGGAUCAGAUCCAAGUAAUUGGUAAUCUGAAGAACAUCUCCAUGGCAUCCAGUAAGCUGCUGCUGGCUGCCAAGUCUCUGUCUGUGGAUCCAGGUGCAGCCAAUGCCAAGAACCUUCUAGCAGUAGCAGCAAGAGCCGUGACAGAGAGCAUUAACCAGCUGAUCACACUCUGUACCCAACAAGCAGCAGGACAAAAGGAGUGUGACAACGCCUUGAGGGAGUUGGAGGCUGUCAGAGGACUCCUGGAUAAUCCCAGCGAGCCUGUCAGCAAACUCUCCUACUUUGACUGCAUUGAGAGCGUGAUGGAAAACUCAAAGGUCCUUGGUGAAUCAAUGGCAGGCAUUUCACAACACUGUAAGACGGGUAAUGGCAGCUUCGGCGACAGUGUAGUUGUGGCAUCCAAGGCCUUGUGUGGGCUGACUGAGGCAGCAGGACAGGCCUCUUAGCUUAUCUUGUAGUGGUGUCCUGAUCCUAAUAGUCAGUCAGGUCACGAGGGGCUGGUGGAUCCCAUCCAGUUUGCACGGGCCAACCAGGCUAUACAGAUGGCUUGUCAGAAUUUAGUGGAUCCAGCAGUAAGUCCCUCACAGGUCUUGUCUGCAGCAACAAUUGGUCGCAAGCACACAUCGGCCCUGUGUAAUGCCUGUCGCCUGGCUUCCUCCAAAACAUCCAACCCUGUUGCGAGGAGACAGUUUGUCCAGUCAGCCAAAGAGGUUGCCAACACCACAGCCAACCUCGUCAAAACCAUCAAGGUCAACUCCCCAAGUGAUCAAAACGCAUCAGAUGGAGAUUUUUCUGAGGAGAAUAGAAACAGGUGCUGUGUUGCCACAGCCCCUCUCCUUGCUGCUGUAGAAAACUUGUCCAACUUUGCCAAUAAUCCUGAGUUUGCAAGCAUCCCUGCUCAGAUCAGCAACGAGGGCUCAGCGGCUCAGGAGCCAAUUGUGCGUUCAGCCCGCUCCAUGCUCGAUAGCUCCACUUACCUUUUGGAAACAGCUCGAUCACUGGUCCUAAACCCCAAAGACCCACCCACCUGGUCUAUACUAGCUGGCCACUCCCGGACCGUGUCUGACUCUAUCAAGAGCCUUAUCACGGCCAUCAGAGACAAAGCACCAGGACAGAGGGAGUGCGAUUACUCCAUUGAUAACAUCAAUAAGUGUAUCCGGGACAUUGAGCAAGCUUCACUAGCUGCUGUUGGGCAGACCCUGCCCUGUAGAGAUGAUAUCUCCAUGGAAGCACUCCAGGAGCAGCUGACGUCCACUGUCCAAGAGAUUGGGCACCUGAUUGAUCCUGUCUCCACAGCAGCCCGAGGCGAAGCUGCCCAACUAGGCCACAAGGUGACCCAGCUGGCCAGUUAUUUCGAUCCACUCAUUGUGGCAUCAGUUGGCUUGGCCUCUAAGAUCCAAGACCAUCAGCAGCAGAUGACAAUCCUGGAUCAGACCAAGACCCUGUCAGAGUCCACGCUGCAGAUGCUCUAUGCUGCAAAGGAAGGAGGGGGCAAUCCAAAGGCUUCUCAUACCCAUGAUGCCAUCUCUGAAGCUGCACAGCUGAUGAAGGAGGCUGUGGACGACAUCAUGGUGACAUUGAACGAAGCAGCCAGUGAAGGCGGCAUGGUCGGGGGCAUGGUGGAAUCCAUUGCUGAGUCUAUGGGCAGGCUGGAUGAAGGAACACCUCCUGAACCUGAGGGCUCCUUCGUGGACUACCAAACCACCAUGGUGAAGUUCUCCAAAGCCAUCGCUAUCACCGCUCAGGAGCUGAUGACUAAGUCAGUAACCUGUCCUGAAGAACUUGGCGGACUUGCCUCUCAGAUGACAGUGGACUAUGGACAGCUAGCACACCAAGGACGCCUGGCAGCAGCCACUGCAGAGCCAGAGGAGGUGGGCUUCCACAUAAAGACGCGGGUGCAAGAGCUGGGCCACGGCUGCAUCUACCUGGUCCAGAAAGCUGGAGCGCUGCAGCUCAGUCCCACUGACAGCUUCUCCAAAAGGGAGCUCAUCGAGUGUGCCCGUGCAGUCACAGAGAAGGUGUCCAUGGUCCUGUCAGCACUACAAGCUGGGAAUAAAGGAACCCAGGCCUGUAUCACAGCAGCCAGCGCUGUUUCUGGCAUCAUUGCUGAUCUGGACACCACCAUCAUGUUCGCCUCAGCUGGAACACUAAACCCUGAGAAUGAAGAGACUUUUGCUGACCACAGGGAGAGUAUCUUGAAGACAGCCAAAGCAUUAGUGGAGGACACCAAGCUGCUGGUGGCUGGAGCCGCGUCCAGCCAGGAGAAGCUGGCCCAGGCUGCCCACUCCUCAGCCAAGACCAUCACUCAGCUCACUGAGGUGGUCAAACUGGGAGCAACUAGUAUGGGCUCUGAGGAUCCCGAGACACAGGUGGUUCUAAUAAACGCGGUGCGGGAUGUGGCAAAGGCUCUGGCCGAACUCAUCGGUGCCACGAAGUGUGCCGCAGGAAAACCAGCUGAUGACCCGUCCAUGUAUCAGCUGAAAAGCGCAGCCAAGGUCAUGGUCACCAAUGUGACUUCUCUUCUGAAAACCGUGAAAGCAGUGGAGGAUGAAGCCACUCGUGGGACAAGGGCACUGGAAGCCACUAUUGAGUGCAUCAAGCAGGAGCUGACAGUGUUCGAGUCCAAGGACGCCCCAGACAAGUCCACCACACCCGAGGAGUUCAUCCGUAUGACAAAGGGCAUCACCAUGGCAACAACUAAGGCAGUAGCUGCAGGCAACUCUGCCCAGCAAGAGCACGUGAUUGCGACUGCCAACCUGAGCCGCAAAGCCAUCUCAGAUAUGCUGACUACCUGCAAGCAAGCAGCGUACUUUCCUGAGGUGGGAGAAGAAUUGAGGAGCAAAGCCCUGCAGUACGGCUCUGAGUGUACCACUGGUUACAUCAACCUUCUGGAGCAAGUAUUGCAGGUGCUGCAGAAGCCCACACCAGAGCAGAAGCACCAGCUGGCCGUGCACUCAAAGCAUGUGGCAGCGUGUGUGACAGAGCUCAUCCAGACAGCUGAGGCCAUGAAAGGAUCCGACUGCAUGGACCCAGAGGAUCCCACUGUCGUCGCAGAGACCGAGCUCCUUGGGGCCGCAGCGUCCAUUGAAGCUGCAGCCAAGAAACUAGAGCAGCUGAAACCCCGGGCCAAGCCCAAGCAGGCUGAUGAAACGCUGGAUUUUGAGGAACAGAUCCUGGAAGCGGCAAAGUCCAUUGCUGCAGCAACUAGCGCUCUUGUUAAAUCAGCGUCAGCAGCUCAGAGAGAACUGGUGGCACAAGGCAAGGUCGGAGCAAAUCUAGCCAAUGCAGUGGAUGACGGCCAGUGGUCCCAGGGCCUCAUAUCAGCUGCGCGUAUGGUGGCGGCAGCAACAAGUAACCUGUGUGAAGCUGCUAACGCAUCAGUGCAGGGCCACGCCAGUGAGGAGAAGCUCAUCUGUUCAGCCAAACAGGUUGCAGCCUCCACAGCUCAGCUCCUGGUAGCCUGCAAGGUCAAAGCCGACCACGAUUCGGAAGCCAUGAAGAGACUACAGGCUGCUGGCAAUGCAGUGAAGCGUGCUUCAGACAACCUGGUGAAGGCCGCUCAGAAAGCAGCAUUUGACAAAAGUGAAAACGACAGUGUGGUGGUAAAGACCAAAUUUGUUGGCGGCAUAGCUCAGAUCAUUGCAGCUCAGGAGGAGAUGCUGAGGAAAGAGCGAGAGCUGGAGGAGGCACGCAAGAAGCUGGCUCAGAUCCGACAGCAGCAGUACAAGUUCCUGCCCAGCGAGCUGAGGGAGGACGAGAGCUGAUUGGCUGAAGAAGCAACGGGCAGAUGACACCUUCUUGUUACGGGGAGAUGCUCCCGAUAUGUUAUUGGCUGCUUUACGCUCAUAUAAUCCAGGAGUACACAGCGCUUGAAACAGGCUUUUCUGGGUGGGUGAGGAAAAACAAGUGCCUGUGCUCUGUAUGUGUUUUUGUGUGCGUGUGUGUAUGUGUGUGUACAUAUAUGUACGAAUGGCAGUGAGAUUCAGACUUCACGUGCAGAUGGCUGUUAAAUUGUGAUGGUAUGAUGAAGUUCUAUGACAAACGUAUCUUUGUGUUACUGCGUCAUUAUGAAGCAUUACCGACUGUUACAAUUCUGGAUCUCGGACGUUACAAAUACAGACUU